GUUUGAGGCAGAAAAAAGUAUAGUACAGAGGAAUUUAUGGAAGAUUUAUUGCUGGAUGAGGUUGACGAAUUAAAUCUAGAAUAUAGAUGUGACGCGGGCUUUAAAAACUUUUUUAGAAUGAAAAGUUCCGAUUUUGAAAAUCUUUUGAAAAUGAUUCAUUUUCAAUAAAAAUGUAAGCACUUGAACAACAGUAUAGCACUAUUCUAUUUUUUUAAACGGCAGUGACAAGAUCGACACGUCCACACUGGUGCCUUCGACUCGACUGUCUUUGAUCCGGACCGACCUGAUUCGGGUUGCGUUCGACUCGACUCGACAGCGCUCAACAAUGUCUAGACAAUGGACGUGUCAGACUUGUUCGACAUUGUCGAUGGUGUCGAUCGGCAUAGUGUGGACGCGGCUUAGACGUUGCGUCUCGACAAGCCUGCUCAUAGCUGCGCGUCCAAGGAAUAAAUUUGGCCUAACGUCGCCUUUUGCGUGUAUUAAGAAUAAUUAAUAAUAAUUCCCUCCAUUUUCCAGCCCUUGUUAAUUUAUAAAUAAUAUUCUUGAUUCAUUGAACUUUACUUGAAAUCAGCUAAAAUUAAGAAUAUACUAUAUAUUAAUUUAAUUCAUUCAAAAUUUCAAUAAGAUUGUGAUUUAACCUAAAAGACGUCUUUUUCUCGUCAUAUUUGGCGCGAUCUCGAUCAACAGUUCCCGAACACGAAGCUUCAGGUCCAGUUUAUCACUCGACAUUUUAGGUUCACAUUUUAUUUCGACACUUUGAGAAGAAAAAUGCACCCAUUUUUCAAAUUCUCAAUAAAAUACAAGUAUUUUUUCAUUUCCGUGGCAGUAUUUACUGCAAAUUUUUUCUCAAAUGAAAGAGUUCAAGAGGACAAACGGAUAUUUGAAGCUGGCUUCUUUGCUUUUAGCUGCUCAUCGAUCAUGCACAUCAUGUUGGAUAUGGACAUUUUAUUUAGAAUUAUAAUUAUGCUGUCGUACUACGGUUACUACGGUUACGACCAUAUGAGUCAGCUUUUGGAUUCAACCAUGACGAUUUUCAUCCCAGAAUCUGUGUUGGAUCACACCCCAUCAUUUGUCGUGUAUCUCUUUGGAACGUUGAAAUCUGUAUGUUGGGUUGCAUUGACCUAUUGUUUUAUGGGACUGAUAAGCGAGUACAUUAGAGAUAACAUCAAUCCACCUCAACCUGUCAUUCGUGAACCCAUCCAUCCUAGUAUGCUUGGUGGUUAGAUGAGAUACAUCCCGAACUAUCCAGAACAUAUUGUAAGAGGAGGAAGUGGUACCGGGAGAGGUGCUGUACUCGUUCCCUCGACUGUGUUCAACUUUAUUCUCAUGAUACUCUACCAAGUUUGAAAUAUUAUCAAGUUCAUGAGUUCUUGUGUUUUUUGUAUUGUUCGUGUUAAUUAUCAUGUCAAAGCUUGAAGCUUAAGGGUGAUAAUAGCUUCAAAUUAAAAUCUACUGUGAAUAAGAAUAUGUAAUGAUAAUGAUACAGGGCUCUAUUUUUAUAAACGCUCUUUAUAUAUGUGCUCUUGCUAAAACUUCGCUUACGACGAGUAGAAACAAAGACUAGAAUCUGGGGAGCUGACCUAGAACAACAAUCGUCCGGUACGGUACUUGCUAAAUACAGUUCUAGUUUUUCGUUUCCUUCUAAACUAAAGUAGUUUUAAUCUAAGUCAUGAUCCAUAAUAUUACGGCUCUAACCGUCUAUAGGUGUAGUAGUGUAAGUUUAGUGUAGUAAUGAAAGUUUAGUUUAAGUGUAGUGCUUCGAAUUGUUGUAAUAAGCUUAUUCAAAAUUAUUGUAACUUUUCCCUGAGAUAUUGAUCCCUAUCAAAUCGUUGAAAUCAUAAUUCAGAGUUUCUUGAAUCUAUUACACAUCACUUCUCCCUUGGUAGAGUCACUCAUGUUUUGACUCAUCCAUUUCUUUGAUUCAAUAUGAAAAAAGUAUAUUAUUAUUUGUAAAUUAAAAACUUAGGUGCCUUUUAAUAGGCUUGUUCCUUAAUGUAGUGAAAAUUUCAUAUCGUUUAAUGCAUAAGUCAGAGUUUCUUAAAUUUAUCUGUUUUCCCACCGGUUUAUUCCUAAAUAGAGUCUGUAUGUUUCUAUUCACCCAUAAAUUCAUCCAUUUGUUAUUAUUUGUAUGUUUGAAAACUUAGUUCCCUUUGUUCAUUUAUUCCUUAAUAUAGUUAAAUGUUUUAACUGAAGAAUAAGUCAGAGAUUCUUCAAUUAACUUCACGCUACUUGGUUGUUAGCGAAGUCUUUGUAUCAAUUCUUUGUUUCAAUUUGAACACAUUUUUAUUAUUUGUAUGUUUGAGAACUUCACCUUGUCACUAUAAUGAUCUCAAUUAUUAAAAUUUGUUACAAUUGAUCACUGUGUCAUUUAUAUACUUUAUUUCUAUAAUCCAUUGAAAUUCAACUUCCAAGUCAGAUCUAAGGCUAGAUAAAAUUAUAUUUCGUUGAGAACGGUGACAAAUUUUAAUAAAUAUAGGAGAGGAAAGAUUAUGACAGUUUUCGCAAAACAAUUACCGGCAUCCUCUAGUUAACUGCAAGCUUUCAAUCAUAAAAUAUAAUAAGACAAAUAAUGUUUUCUUCACUUUUUAAGUAGUGUAUUUUACAUUCUGGAAAUGAGAACCUCUUCUUCUAAGGAUAAAAUCCGGCAACAAUAAAUUUUC